AUGUAAAUACAUUGAGUGUGUGGUUUGUGCUCUCUUUUCUUGUAUGUAUCCUUGUAUCGCGGUAGAAACAACAAUAGAGAAGAGCGCCAACACCAACAAAACAAACUCCAACAAACAAACAGAAGAAGGCUCUUGUCUGUCUCUCUUGUACUGUACUCUAGCUACGGUAGCUGACUGUCAGCGUGUGUAGUACUGGUAACAAUGACAGCAGUGAUGAUGAUGGCCGGAGGAGAAGACAGCGGGAGUACCUUGGUGGUGUCCAACGUUGGUGUUGGUACAAGAUCUACGAGACGACGCCGUUCAAAUCCCAAAGAGGAACUGGACGUCCAUGGCGCUCGUACUAGCGUUACUAGCGUUACUACUAGUAGUCGAAUAGGUCGACGCGCGAGACACCAACAACAGAUCCAACAGUCGCAAGCCUCGCUUAAUGCAAGCAUGACUCACUUGGACAAGCACAAGCAUAAGGUGAAGCAGCACAAGAGGCUCUCCACUAGCACUACUAGUACCAGUAUAGUAGGUACUAGUGCUAGUGGUACUAGUAGUAGACGCAACCACAACAAGACAGCCGAUCACAAUCACAAUAUUAAUCAGUUCCAUCGAUCCGUCAGCUUUGCCUCCUCUGUCACCGACAUUCUUGAAGGCAAGGUCAGUCCCGCCAUUAAUAACCCAAACCCUAACUCUACCGCAGCACGACGACCUCGAAGUCGGAGGCUCAGCAAUGCUACUACUACAAGUAAUAAUGGAAUGAGUGAAAGUGAACCAGGAGUUCGAAUACGCAGUCGAAGCUCUAGUAAGGAACGACAGAUGUUUACUACAGAAGUCACUCCCACGCCUAUAUGCAUCGAUACGACACCCUUUACCGACGGAAGUGACGUGGAAGUCGAGGACCUAUUUGCCAACACCAACACCAAUGCAUCUCCAACUGUGACUCAAAGCUCCACGCCCACUUCCACGAACUCCACUCCACGCCGUGGAAGUAUUGGAAACAGUACCAAUCGAGGCGCCAGAACUGCCACGCAACGAAUCAAGGAUCGAAGUGCAAGUAGAGACAGGCUCAGAGGAUCUGCUACAAGUACUAGUAACACUGUCGCACUGCUGAAUACUAGUAGAAGAGACUCCAAAGGACGCUCCUUUCCAAAAAACGAACCACGAUCUAUGAGUGCUUCCAUGAGGUCACUGUCCCUUUCCAAACGGGACCUUGAAACAACAUCCUCAGUCAGCAACAUCAACAGCAGUAGGCGCAGUAUGAGCAAGAGCAUGAACAUGAGUCUCAGACGAACGUCCAAUCAUACCACCAGCAAUGUCAGCACUAGUGCAAGUACAAGUAGAACAUCUCCCAUGAGAUGUCUGCAACGAACUACCACCCCCGAAGAUACACAGCAGCAGCAGCAGCAACAACAACAGAAACUGAAACAAAAGCAACAACUCAGUCGAUCCGCACACAGAGAAAUGGCUAAGAAACGAAACUCAAAUGCUAGUGAAACGUCCAAUGAAUCGGCUCUAGAAGCCAUUGUGGGAAGACACAGUCUCCAACAACAAUCGUCACACCUGAUGAAGUCGCAACGAACACUCGUCACGGAAGCAUCUCUGCAAAUUGAAGAUCUCAUACCAUCCACACCCGCUAAAACCGCUUCUACAUCGUCCAACAAUCGAUCCAGUCUUCUUAUCAGUACCAAAAGCUCACAUCGACAAAUGCAACGACAACGAUCACAACGAAAACUCAUUGAUGAUCUCAAAAUUAGUCAUCAUGGACUUGCAGGACGAAGGGCUUCUGCAGCUGCAGCCAACAAAAAGAACAAUAGCAAGGAAGAACUCAGUCGAUCCGCACAUCGAGAGCUACAGCGAUCCUCUCUCACACCUCCAUCCAGUCCUCCCUCCAAGGAUCACAAGGAUCAUUCCAUUGUCAAAAGUAGAGAAGCGGCACACGUGUAUCUGCAUCAAAGUGAAUCCAGUGGUUUCAGUUGCAGUCACAACAGCAGUCUCUCGGGAAGCAACAACAGCAGUGGACUCAUGCUCAGUUCACACAGUGAAAAACUCACAUCAUCAACAACAGCAACAACAACCGUCACGCAAAAUAUACUCACCAAACCAAAACCAAUUAGCAGCAGUCACAUCCACCAUAACAGCAGCAGCAGGACCCUCAAUGCUUCUCUUGUACACUUUUCACCAGAUCAAGACUUGUUCCCGGUCAUUUCAGAUUGCAGCUCGGUUGAUACCAACGAUGCACUCUACCACGGCAAGUCCAGUCGAAACCCUGCCGUCAGAGACGAGGAUGCACCACCCAGUCCCCACAACCAAAACACCAUAAACACCAUUGACGAUACCCUCUCGUCCGCCCCGGAUCUAUUCCAAUCGCCCGUCGUUACCAACAAACCAAAGCAACGAGCGUCCACUUUGUUCCUAUCGCCCAUUCCAUCCUUCAAGGGAAAUGAUGAUGACAGUGAAAGUGAGCAUGGCAGUAAGAGUGGUCAUGGCAGUAUCAACAAGGGGAGUCAAUCCAGCAAAACGAAACCACAACGACGAGCUGCGUCCAACCACUCCAGCAAAACAGACACGGAUAAUGAUGAUGACGAUGAUGAUGAACUCGAAUUUGCAUCCGAUCGGUUUGAUGAGUCCGUCGCCGAUAUCGAUAUUAUUACUGGCAGUCAGCCUUCUGCUGAGCAUCGUGCUUCCGAAAAAUCGUUGAGCUUGGUGUUGAACAAGUCCAUCGGUGACCUGACAACGACGGCCGAUCUUGUUUCCAUUGAUACCAAUGGGUUCGGCAUCGUCAAAUCAUCUACCAAGGGAACCUUGUCCAAGUCCGUUCGACACAUGCUGGGAGAUUCCGAUGAUUUUUCGUUCCGGGACGAAAGCGAGGAGGAUGGUCACCAUGACGACGACGACAAUAACACUCUUAUUCCAUCCUUGGCACCGGAAAUCAAACAAGAUCAAGAAGAAGAACCGGUACAGCCACGGAGACAAUCUCGAAAACAAAGAGCUCGACCGCGCGUCAAAGAGGACGAAUUGCCUCCGUUGGUGGACAUGGAAUCCAAGUCUGCGAAUUCUCAGGGAACCGCAUCCACUCGUUCUUCCUACUCGUCCGUGUCGUCAAAUGAACCCUUGCCGUCACACAAGGCUCGGGAAGCAGCCUAUGUCAUGCUUGAUUCGUCUGUGUCAUCGCAUCGGGCGCGAGAAGCGGCAGCGGCGCUCUUGAUGGAUUGCUCUGGGCAAUCUCAACAUUCCACGUCCUCGUCCUGUCGUCGUGGCAGCCUUGCCCACGGUUUGGCUUCCGCGUCAACACCAGUCAAAGUCGCAGAGCCUGCCGAGACACCCACAGCUACCAAGAGAGAUAGCAGCAAACGAACCAAGAGACGUUCUUCCAAGCGAAAUCUAGCGACAGAUGCAUCAGGAAAGACCAGCUCCAAAUCAUCCUCCAAGCGCAACCUCCUCUCCGACGCAUCCAGCAAGACUAUCAGUACCUCAAAGGCAUCUUCCAAACGCCAUCUCUUGACGGAUGCGUCUAACAAGCCCAUUUCCAAAAAAUCUUCCAAGGGAAAUCUGUUGUCGGAUGGUUCCGGUAACAAGGCUCCUUCGAGAUCAUCUUCCAAAGGCAACCUGACUGACGCUUCCAAUAAACCUCCUUCCAAACGCAAGUCCGCGCGAAAGACGGACAGCAAGGAUAGCAAGUCAUCGUCGAGGCGCAAACCACGUGAGGAACCAUCCAGUCGAAGCAAGCCUCGCGACGAGCAUCCCUCCAACAUCAAGCGACAGCCACGAGACGAGCAUCCCGCGAACUUGAAGCGACAACCAAAGGAUGAGCAUCCCGCCACUUCGAGUAAGCGACAGCCACGGGACGAGCGUCCCACUGAGAAGAAGUCUGCUCGACGAAACACUCGAACGGCUCUCAAAGACACCUCUGCUGGAACCACUUCCUCCGGCAAGAGUCGGUCUUCUGUCGAGUGCUCCGACGAUCCAUUGGGUGAUACUUCUGGUGAAUCGGGCAGUCGACGCCGCCGUAGCAAAAGCAAGAGCAAAUCCAUGUCCAAGUCCAGUCGAAGACGAACAUCCAAGUUUCCUGUUAACGAAGCUAGAUCUGCACAUCCCUGUGUCGCCGUUCGAGCGGCAUGAGCUAUGUAACACUACAUACUUUUUUAAAUUAGUCAUUCACUAGGCUGUGGC